GGCUCGGGGCAGGGGGCGGGGCUAAGAGCGGGGAUGGCGGUAGCUGACGUACCCGCGCUGGCCGAGCAGCUAGGAUGCGCCGCACGAGUCUACGGGGUGCCGGGGGCCGCUCUGUCGUCCGGCUGUUUGGAGACCGUGAGGCAGCUGAGUGGGCUCUUCCGGGAGACGCUGCCCAGAGAAAUGGCAGAAGAGAGUAUAUUCCAGAAUCUCCUGGCAAUCCUAAUGAAAACCUCACGGGAAAUUGAAUUGGCCUGCAAGGACUCCUGUGAAUCAGUAAAUCUAGACAUGGACCUGCUGCUUAUAGCAGAAUGUUUUAGGUGCUUACGGAAUGCCUGUGUCCACUGUGCCAAGAAUCAACAUAUUAUAAGGAACCUGCAGUUAAUUGAUGUGUCUGUCCAUUUGAUCCAGUUGCUUCAUGAAUUAGAAAAUGAACAGGAAUUAUUAUUAACAGCUUUUCGUUGUAGCCUCCAGUUUCUUGGAAACCUUGCAGCAGGAAAUGAAGAUUCCCAGAAUAGCAUUUGGAAGUGCGCUUUCCCAGAUCUUUUCUUGACCUGCCUAAAUCACCAUGAUGCGAAAAUUAUUGCCUACUGCUGUAUGGUCCUGUUCACUUGCCUUAAUUCAGAGAAAGUGAGAGAACUACUGGAACAAAAUAACUUGAAUGUAGCCCUGGCUGUACUGAAAGUCUACAGGAAGCAGUUGGAGUCUGAAUGGUCGUUCCUGAUUGUUACAGACUAUUUGCUGAAAUGCCCAGAGUUGGUAAGAGCCAUGUAUGCCGAACUGAGCAAUCAAGAAAGGAUUACUUUAUUAGAAUUGAUAAUGGCCAAAAUAAGUGAGAAGAACCAAGUUACCAGUGAAGAAUUGACUGGGAUCUUGAAGCAAGCUGACUUUCUUGCAAACUGUUUCCAAGAAAAAUGUCAAACUGUGCUUAGAUUAACUUCUGCUUCCAAGAAUGAAGAUGAGGAAGCACUGGUUACAAUUCGGCUCCUUGAUGUUCUCUGUGAAAUGACUUCAAACAACAGACAGCUAGAACAUCUGCAAACUUGCCCUGGUUUGCUUGAGACAGCUGUUGAUACUUUGCGGUUAACUCACCUUGCUGGGAAGCAAGCUACAAAUGUCUUCACUGCCACUCAUUCUGUGACAGGGGAGGGAGAAAUUUCCCAUCCGGCUGUUGGUUUUAAAUCUCACCUCAUUCGCUUGAUUGGAAAUUUAUGUUACAAGAAUAAAGAAAACCAAGACAAGGUUUAUCUAUUAGAUGGAAUUCCACUGAUCCUAGACAACUGCAGCAUUGAUGACAACAACCCCUUUGUGAAUCAAUGGGCAGUAUAUGCAAUCCGAAAUCUGACAGAGCAAAAUGAAAGAAACCAAGCACUUAUUGCACGGAUGGAGCAACAGGGUCUGGCAGACAAUUCCAUCCUUGAGAACAUGGGUUUGGAGAUUGAGAAACGAGAUGAGAAGCUACUUCUGAAAUCUAAGAAAAAACCAUCAUCAGGAACAACCAAAUAAGGACUGCAGCUCAUAAGGAGGGUAUUUCUUAACUAAUACAAUAGGAAACUCCUGUUAAGAUUGCCCAUUUUUCAAUUUUAGUUCCAACCUUCUCAAAGUCCUUUUACAGAGAAAUUGUUAAAAGAAUAAUGGUCCCUCACUUCUAUAAAUGAAGACAUGUUUGUAAAGCAUGAAUUCUAGGGUAAAUACAACUACCUUUCUUCAGAACUUGGAGAUGUACUAAAAUUUGAUUAUUUCUUUGUUUCAUUAAUGGAAAAGUGUUAUACAUUGAGUAGAUGAAUUAGUACUUUAAAGUGGAGUGUUUAAAUAAUUGUAUUUAAUAUAUUAAAGUUAAUGAGAAAUUGCA